CCACAUUACUUCAAAGGUGAACCCGGAAGUGAGAGGACUGUAAGAUCGUUUGCUCUUGUGUUCCAUCGUUUGGUUCCUUCCCUUCAGAUGAUUUCGUGAAGGUUUUAUUUAUUUAUUUAUUUUAAUUCUUUCGUGUGUUCGACUUCAAAUUCUCGACUAGGACAUCAAAUUAGCGUCUGAAUAACGCAUUUUCGAAACGUUAUAAUCAAUCAAAUAAUACAUACCUAGAUAUUAUGUAUCAGAAUAUAGUUUGAAUAAUCAGAAAGAAUUACAUUCGUUCUAGUCGUUUCAUUCUAGAAUUUUCAGAAUAUUGUGCAAUUUUUUAUUCUAUUCGAAAGUCAAAGUAUUCUGAUUCGACGCUUAGAAUUCUUUCAAUAAGAAAACGUGCAAUCGCAAGUUGCAGUCUUAGCGAGGUUUCCAUUAUUUUGCAAGUCCCAAGUGUAAACAAGGUCUGACAAUCGUCGCUUGAAGUCAUAAUUAAAGCAACGAGUAGCUUCUUAUGUGAAGCUGUCAGUUCAUUUUUAGUUUUCGGUUUUUUAAUUAUGUUCUGUGGACUGUGCAUUUGUUGACAUGGCAUCCUCUAAAGUAAGCAGAGAAAAACUGAAGCGGAGUGGCUCUUUCCAAAAAAAAGAACCUCCUCCUCCACCACCAGAUGAAAAUCAAUUUCCUGAUGUCAAAUUAGAAGAUUUUGAGAUGCUAAAAACUAUCGGCACCGGCUCCUUUGGACGAGUUGUUCUAUGCCGUCGGAAAAAGGACAACAGGUACUACGCAAUGAAGAUCCUGGAGAUAGCUGACGUCAUUCAGCUCAAACAAGUGGACCAUGUCAAAAAUGAAAAGUCUCUUCUAGUCCAAGUCCAGCAUCCCUUCAUUAUUGAACUUCUGUGGACACACCACGAUGAAACCUGCCUGUACAUGCUGUUCGAGUAUGCCUGCGGCGGUGAACUGUUCACGUAUCUCCGGAACGCUGGUCGCUUCUGUAGUACGACGUCCAUGUUCUACGCCGCGGAGAUCGUCCUAGCCCUGGAGUACCUUCACAAGCUGAGCAUCGCGUACAGGGAUCUCAAGCCAGAGAACCUUCUCUUGGACAGGGAUGGACACCUCAAGAUCACCGACUUCGGUUUCGCCAAGAGACUCACGGAUAAAACGUGGACCCUGUGUGGGACGCCUGAAUAUCUUGCACCAGAAAUUAUUCAGAGUAAAGGUCACAACAAGGCCGUUGAUUGGUGGGCCUUGGGAAUUCUUAUUUAUGAAAUGCUGGCAGGUUUCCCGCCAUUUUUUGACACGAACCCAUUUGCAAUCUAUGAAAAAAUACUGGCUGGUAAAAUCGACUGGCCCAAGCACAUAGAUCCCAUUGCCAAAGAUUUAAUAAAGAAAUUACUGGUGCCUGACAGAGCUAAAAGGCUUGGAAAUAUGAAACAUGGAGCCGAUGAUGUUAAAAGGCACAGGUGGUUUAAGAACAUCAUAUGGGAAGAUGUUUAUUACAAAAAAGUGCAAGCACCUUUAGUACCAAAGUUGAGCCACCCAGGAGACACACGGUACUUCGACACUUACCAGGAGAAGAAAAGCAAAGCGAGCACCCCCAUCAAAGAAAGAGACCUCAACUUAUUUAAAGACUUUUAAAGAGAUUUAUUUCAACAUGAUGAAUCACAUUUUUAUAGAUUUAUAUUUACUUCAUCAUGCAAUGGAAUCCAUUUGAUUCAUCUAAGAUGGUAAGACAGUUUUUUUCCAUUGAAACUGCUGCUAAAAUUUAAAAAAUAAUGAUUAUUUUCCCGUUUGCUUGAGCCCAAAUGAGAUUUACUUUACCAGUUUGCAAUAAGCUGAAACUUAAUGAAUAUAUUGCUAUCAAGGAAUGGCCACAUGUAUAUAUUAAGCACUGACCAUUUUCUGUCAAAUGGAAUAAAGAAAAUAUUAUAGUUAUUCUGGAUGUCCCAAAAGAACGUUUACAAAUACAUAAGGGUAUAUCAGGCAUACAAAAUUAAGUAUUAUUUAUUACAUUAGAACAUGGCAGUUGCAAAAACAAUGAAUAACUACAAUAGUUUGUCAGUCUACUAAAUAAAAGGAAAGAAUACAGCUGAUAAAAUGUUAACUCAGGUUUAAUAGAAUACAUAUUCUCAAUAGCAUAACAUAACUGCAUGAAUAGUAAUAUGUUUCGCUUCAAAUGGCCAGUUCUUUGAACAUUUAUGUUAAUUCCUUAAUUAUUUUGGGUUUUCUAUUAACUAAUUAGGUGACAACUUUCA